UAAAGAAACAAACCGACCACUGAGCUAACCAGGCAGGUAGCUAGUUGUUUGGAGGUGUGAACGGCUAUACUGAUCAUGCAUCACGUCAAGAUCAAGACUGAGAAGCCAGAUGUAGAGGGGAGUGGUGCACGCAGCCGACUAGAUGCAGUAUUACAGGGGCUGGUGGAGAAGAGUGACAGUGAGAGGGAGCAAAAUGAAGAUGAGACAAAGAUAGCAGAAGAAUCUCUGAGCAAGGAUGUGUCUCCGUCUUCUGCUGGGAAGCGGCCAUCGUCACGGUUCCCACAGCAAAGGAGGAAGAAACGGAAAGAGAUGGACGAUAGCUUAACAGAGAGCAACCAACAUAAACAAAAUGCCUACAUUAUCAAGUUGUUUGACCGCAGUGUGGACCUGGCACAGUACACCACCAGUACCCCACUUUACCCCAUUUGCCGGGCCUGGAUGAGGAACAACCCAGCGGUCAGAGAGAGAGCUGCAUCCCCAAGCCCCUCACAUAGCAUGGGGGAAGAGGAGGCUGCAAACAUGCUCAAUGGUAAGGGACAGAAUGUGUAUCGCCUCCCUCCGCCCACCUCCUGUCCUCUCAACCCUUCUGGAGAUCCUGUCAAUCUGAGGAUCCCGCCCACAGAAAAGCCUAUUGUCAGCAAGUCUACAGAUACAGCUCUUGUGUCUGGUCCCCUCAUAUACAACCACAUAGAACGCUGGAAAAAGAUCAGGCAAAAAUGGAAAGAAGCGUCCAACAAGAAUCAGCUGAGGUAUAGUGAGAGCAUCAAGAUCCUGAAGGAGAUGAAGGAGAUGUACGACCGCUAGCUGGGAAUCCCCCAGGUAGUAAUCCCACAGCAGAGGGAGGAGAGUAGAGGGAGGAGAAAAGAAGAGCAGGUAGGAGCCACGAGGAAGUCAUCGACCCCAGGACACUGCCUUAGUCCUCUCCCCAAGGAGGACAUUACAUGUGACUGUCAGAGGAGCCUCAUGGAGCCCAUUUCUACCAUAUAAUGCCACAAUUAACAACCCAAAGUCCUCGUUUUGAAAAUAUAGCAAUAUUUUAAGUAAGUUGAUCCUUCUGGUGGGCCCAAGUUCACCUGUGACUGGGGUAUUGGGAUUGUAUUUAGAUAAAUAUUACAUUUUAAUGUUUUUUGUCAUAUUACAGAAAAUCUGGUGGUGCAUUAUACAGUCUGUUGUCGAUCACAACGAUGUGUCAUGAAACGUUUGUAAACAGGUUGAGUAGUGUACAACAUUUGUUCAAAUUCCGGGAUACUGUAAAUCAAUUCCAGGCUUCCAUAGGUAAAUAUUUGUGUUUUAGGAUCACCAGUUUCCCAGACAAGCAGUGCCUUUGGGAAUAUUUUUUGUAUAGACAUUCAAAAGAACAGUCUCACACACAUCUAAAAUUAGAGUAAGGAAACUGUGUACAAAAAAAAUUUUUUUAUAAAGUAUUGAGCUAUUGUAAUUUAUUUAUCGCUAUGGUAAAUCUGGCAGAGUGCUGUUUUUACAAUUGAUUGAUUUCUGAAAUAAAUUUUAUUCAAAGGA